AUGGGUAUUCGUGACUUGUGGAAGAUUGUCAACCCAGCUAGCCAAGAAACCACUCUCACCAAAUUAACAUGGGAUUUCUGGACCGAGAAAGAUCGUCCUAUGAUUAUCGGUGUUGAUGCCAGUAUAUGGCUCUUCCGCUCUCAGACCGCUAUCUGUGCUUCCGGUUCCCACUCACAGCUAGGACCAAAUCCUGAGCUUUCAAUUAUAUUCCACAAACUGAGCUUUUUUCUAAAGCUACCAGCUGUUCUAAUCAUUGUGUUAGAUGGCACAUCUAGACCCAAUAUCAAGAGGGGAACGAAGGUGAAGAAGGCUCCACACUGGAUGGUGAAGGGACUCAGAGAGCUCGUUGAAGGGUUUGGUUAUCAUAUGCAUCAGGCUCCUGCUGAAGCCGAAGCCGAAUUGGCAACAAUGAACAAAUGUGGAUACAUCGAUGCAGUGUUAACGGAUGAUAGCGACGUGCUGGUGUUUGAUGCACCGUUCAUUAUACGAAACCCCGAAAAAAAUUCUAAAGACCCUGAUACCGUUUCGACAUAUAAUAUCGUUGACAUCAAUUCAAAUGCAGAGACGCCAAUCAUGAAGAACGGUCUUCUUCUCUUUGCGAUUCUUCGAGGUGGCGACUAUGACAUGGGGCUUCCUGGAUGCAGUACAUCAAUAUCAUACGCACUUACCAACACAGAACUGGGCAUGGAGCUGGCUUUCCUUGCUGAGGAGGAGAGUGAUAGUGCCGCUCAAUAUCUUUGUCAUUGGCGAAAGAAACUGCGACAUGAGAUCGAAGAGGACCCCCACCACUUCAUCGGACGGAAAUAUAGAAAGUUGGCCGCUACAAUCCCACCAGAUUUCCCCUCGAUUCGUACUAUCCGAUCUUAUACACAUCCUCAAGUCUCCAAUUCGUUUGCAGGAGUCUUGAACCUUCAACUUCCCGAUGUACCCAAGCUUAUAGAUCUUGCCAAAAAGCUCUUCAACUGGAAAUCCUCUGGUUCAUUAGCUACCAAAUUUCGGGUUAAGAUAUUUGAUGCAUUUUGUAUCAGAAAUCUUCUUGUACCUGAUUGCUACACUUCAACUAUCCCGGUUGUCACUCUUUCAAAUGCAGCGCGCCCUCGUUCUAUCCUCAACGUCAAAGCCGAUAAGAAAUCACCGUCUAUCAUCUUGUUCUCAGUCAGUUUCAACAUCACUGAGCUGGCGAAAUUGUACUUGAUUUCUACCUAUCUUAGUGAUCUAGCAAGCACACGGAGGAUGACCGGUACUGCCAAGAAGAAACAUCAGUUGGCUCAAGCAGCUCUCUCUACUCUUAGACAGUCACAUAUCGUUGAUCUGACGUUGUUGUCGGACAUGGAGUAA